ACAGGCACACUGUAACCAACCACUCCGUGAUGUAGCCCACUCAACCUACAUCAAGGCGAAGAGCGGAGCCAGAAUUUCCUAAUCGCUGUCAAUCCAGUGUAGUCUAUGCUCGUGCGGAGCAGACAGCCCAGGUACAGACAGACAAAACAUAUCAAACAGACACUGAAGCCGAAUGUGGAUUGCUGCUGUACUUUCUGUAUAAAUGACACACAGCGGAUAUAUAAGAUGAACCACCAUGUGACCUCGAUCGUCCUGUGACAUCACGCCGACACUGAGACGGCAGGUGGGUGGAAGGACACACGGAGGGACGCAGAGCAGAGCACAGAGGAGAGUAGAGGAGAGCAGAGGAGAGGCUACAUGCUUAAACAGCGCAGCUUUGCUCUGAGGAGGAUUCAAGCGCUUGUAGAGGAUCUGAAUAACAUUUGGCUUUCUGCUAAUACAGUCAAAUAAUAAAAUACAUUCUUCUUUGUCAUCCUGGUUUGUGUUGCAGUUCACAAAAACACCGGCCUAUUACAACAAAGGGUUCCAAGCACCUUUUCAUUUGUUUACGCAAGAGGAUAAGAGUUGAGCACGUUCUCUCCUUUCUUCUGAAACCAGCCUUGUGAAACCAGCCUAUUCUGGUAAUAGCUCACAUUCUGACAAGUAAGUGAAACGAAACGUGAGCGCAACGGUCAGUCUGCUCGACCAGGCUAUCAAGGACCCAUCAUAACAAUCCAUAACAAAAUGGAGACUCUGUCUCUCUCGCAGGACUCCAUCUUGGAGUGUCAGAUCUGUUUUAACUACUACAGCCCGCGGCGGAGGCCCAAGCUGCUGGACUGCAGACACACGUGCUGCUCCGUGUGCCUGACCCAGAUGAGAUCCAGCCAGAAAGAGAUCCGCUGCCCCUGGUGCCGUGGCGUCACCAAACUCCCAGCUGGCUUUUCCGUCUCCCAGCUCCCCGACGACCCCGACAUCAUCACCGUCAUCGCCAUCCCGCACGCCUCCGAGCACACGCCGGUCUUUAUCCGCCUGCCUAGCAACGGCUGCUACAUGCUGCCCCUGCCUGUCGCCAAGGAGAGGGCACUGUUGCCUGGGGAACUCGGCUGCCGGUUCUUGCCAGGUGGCAGUGGGCAGCAGAAGGUGGAUGUGGCGGUGGUGGCUAUGCCUGAGUUGCAGCCACUGGGUCUGGGGAUGAGUCUCAAUGGCCUGGAGGAGACAGAGAGAAGGGGAGUCGGGGGAGGUGGUGGUGGAGGGGGGAAGGGCUCCACGUGGUCCGGAGUGUGUACAGUGAUCCUGGUAGCCUGCGUCCUGCUCUUUCUCCUGGGAAUCGUGCUCCACAACAUGUCCUGUAUCUCUAAACGCUUUACUGUCAUCUCCUGUGGCUGAAGGGAAGGACCAGAAGGCAUGUCAAUCAACAUGCCCUUCCCACCCCCUACUGUGGCUCCGCCCCUCCUCAGCCAGGACUAUGACGAGAAUAAGGGAUUUUACAAAUAUCAUGGGUGGCCAAUGAAACUGCCGACAGACACACACAGAGAGACAGAGAGAGAGAGAGAGAGAGAGAGAGAGAGAGAGAGA